CACGCGACCCAAUUUUAUUUUGUCAAUUUCCUGUUUUACUCUUCUACUUCCGAGUCACAGCUUCAUCCAGGAACGCCUGUCCUAAAAUGCUGCUCUGCUAAGUGACGAGGAAAAAGCGAACAUAUCCUCGAAUUAUCCACCGGAGUAUUUGGUGGAAAUAUGACCGAGAUCCGCAAUCCCGGGAUGUCGUCGGCCACGCUCGGCCAAUCCUCCGACAGCGGUCACUGCGCCGUCGACAUAGACCCGGUGGAGUACACUCUCCGGAAGCGGCUGCCCCGCAAACUCCCCAAGAGGCGAAACGACGUGUACGUCAAUAUGAAAACGGACUUCAGGGCUCAGCUCGCACGCUGCCAGAAGCUUUUGGACGGCGGCGGGCACCGAGAGAUCUGCGUGCACGGCUUGGGCUUGGCCAUCAACCGGGCUAUCAACAUCGCGCUGCAGCUCCAGGCCAGCAGCCAGGGGGCGCUGCAGCUGGCCGCCAACACCUCCACGGUGGAGCUGGUGGACGACCUGGAGCCCGAGGACCCCGACGAGGCCGCGGAGCCCAUGACGCGCACUCGCAACAACUCGGCUAUCCACAUCAAGGUUUUUUACCCCGAUCCCUAAUAAACAAGUGCGAUAAGAAGCCUCCUUCCGUCCAAAGUCAUUUUUUUUUUGCCUUGAUCUUCACGUCUCCCUUAUGUUUUUACGGGGCCCCUAAGGAGACAUGGAAGAAGUUAAAAAAAAAAAGACGGAGGGGAAAAAAUAAAAAGUGGCCCGGAAGCACAAGCAGUAUACCAGCAUAACCUGAAUGUACACUUUUUGCUGGGGACAGCACAUUAAUAAGACCAAACAGAUUGGGUGAAUGGGGGUCAGGGCAACAUUUCUCACCAAUAUCAACCUAAUUCAUUGAUAGGCUAAAUGAUUAACGUAAAAUCUGUAUUGAAUUAUACUACUUAUACUAACUUUCACACUACAAUUUUUUUAACAUCUAAUCUUAAUCUGAUCAAUAUUCUUAAAUCUAGUCAGGGCCGGCCCAGGCCAUUUGGGGGCCCUAAGCAAAAUAAUCCAAAUGGGCCCAUAUUUUUGGCCCACUAUUUCAUCACAGUGUACUGUGAAACCCAUAUAUGCAUAUCCAACCCAUACGUCCAUAUUUUGUAUAUAAAUCAGAUUUUGUUGCACUGAAUACUUCAAACUUCUCACCCCAAAUGAUUGUCAGUACCUACAGUAGAUAGCGCCAAACCUUUUUCUAAAAGAGGAAAGAAAAGUUAAAGAAGAACUUUUAUUUUUUUUAAGCUUGUAAUCGAGUAUCAAAACUCACAAAAGUCAAAGCAAACUGUAGUAAACAAAAUAGAAUAUAAAUUUACAAUUGCCAGAUUGGAGGCCCCCUAGUGGUCAGGGGCCCUAAGCAGCUGCAUAGUCUGCGUAUAGGCUGGGCCGGCCCUGAAUCUGUGUUAAAGUGUUAAAGGCUAGAUAACAGAUUAAUGAGUCAGAUUCUACAAUUUACUUUAAAUACUACUAUUCUUGUUAAGCCCAUACAUCUAAAAGUUGGUCAUUUUUCACCUAAAUCAAGGAAAAAAAGCUUUCAAAUAAUGUUUUGAACAAUAUCCAUUCUUGAAUUAAAACCAUUUCUGACAAGUUUAAGAAUACAAACUUUUUGCUUAAAAAAAGUCUUGAACUUUUUUUCAGCUAGUUUAUUUCAAGAAAUUUGAGUAAAAUUUACUUUAAAGCACUGGCAGGUAAUUUCACUUAUUAGUAGAUUUACACUGAAAACAAGGAAUUAGUUCCCCCACACCCACAGUUUUAAGGAGGUGGGGUUUUCUAAAUUACUUAUAUAACUGAAGUCAUUAUAUAAUGCAAAUAAAGUUGCUUAAAAAUUGGUGGGGACAAUUUGAGCAUCCUGAAAAGUUGCUAGUGUUAUAUAUGUUCCUACUGUCCCUAUGAAAACCUACGCCCUGGAAAGAAGAUAAUAAAAAAACAAACAAACAAAAAAAAAACUUUUUUUUUGUUUUUUGUUUUACAUUGAAGCCACAAAAAAAAAGUGGUUAAAAACCCACAUAAUUCCACUGUUUUAAAUAUGCGUUGUGCGGCUCAAUUUCCAGGUAAACAAUGGCAACAAUGGAGCGUGUUCACUCAAUUGAGUUUUACUUUGAAAUGGGCCUAAAAUAUGAUGACAUAAGAUCAAUUCUUGAUAUUAAGCACAGUUUCCAAAUAAGCGGAAGACAUUUGAAGUGAGUCUUAAAUGCAACCGGACAUUUUUAUCUGAAAACAUUCUGUUAUUUGGCGGUCCUUGUUGACUUCAUUAGAAACCAAUUGCUAUACUGAAUGCAGAGAACAUGGGCUCCGUGUAAGAAAAGAGGACAUUUGUCUGGUUAUUAUCUUCCGAGAUUUUUUUUGCUUCAAUAUUAACUUUUUUUUUCUUCAAUGUAAAAAAAAAAUUUUUUUUUUGCCUCGGUGUGAAUUUUUUUCUUUGUUGCUUUGAAAAAAAUUGCUUCGACCGCUAUUUUUUUUUUUACUUCUGUGUUUAAAAUUUUUUUUAAUUUUUUUUUAUUUUACAGAAAAUAAAUCAUCCCUGUCCUUUUAUUGGCACUUGAAAAAAUAUAUAUAUAUCGUCAACUUUUUUUUUUUUUCCCCCCCGUUUUUCUUCUUCUUCCAUGCCACCUUAGGGGCUCCGUAUGUUUUUGAUGUUUCGGUGUCCCUCGUUUUCCUCAAGAUUCCCCAACAUUUGUGAAUAGAAAGUUUGUCUCUGAACUGGCAAUAAAAUGACCUGUAAAACAUA